CCUCUCUUCGGUUGACAUAUUUCUCCAUUCCAGACACCCUCUUUCUGGAGAAAUAUUAACGGCAAAGACGAAAACAUGGAGGUCGACAGCGUACCUUUCCAAAGCCUGCCCCAGCAGGCAACGAACGCUACCAUACUUUGUUGCAACUGCGGCACUCCCAUAGACGGAACAACCGCUGUCGGUGCUCUUUGUCAGGAGUGCGUUCGUUUAACAGUCGACGUUUCGGAAGGUAUCCAGAGAGAAGGCGUGCUGCACCAGUGUGUAGACUGCGAUCGCUGGCUUUCGCCUCCCGCGUCAUGGAUUGUCGCACAACCAGAAUCCCGGGAACUUCUCGCUAUUUGCCUUCGCAAGCUGAGAGGCUUGACCAAGGUUCGGAUCAUAGACGCGAGCUUCAUAUGGACAGAGCCGCAUUCGAGAAGAGUCAAAGUCAAGAUAACGAUACAACAAGAAGCAUUUGCAGGCACGAUUGUUCAGCAGACCUUCGAGGUCGAAUUUGUGAUUGCAAAUCAGCAAUGCCCGGAUUGCAGGAAGAGCUACACACAUCACACAUGGCGAGCGUGCGUGCAAGUACGGCAGAAAGUGCCUCACAAAAGGACAUUUUUGUUUUUGGAACAGUUGAUCCUCAAGCAUAAUGCACACCGUGAGACGAUCAACAUCAAGGAAGUCCACGAUGGCAUAGACUUCUUUUUCUCUGCUAAGAAUGGUGCUGAGAAAUUUGUUGAUUUUUUGACGUCUGUUGUGCCUGUGCACGUAAAGAAGUCUUCUGAGUUGAUUAGCAUGGACACGCACACGAGCAAACGACAAUACAAGUUCACUUUUAGUGUCGAGAUUGUACCCCUCUGCAAGGACGACUUGCUCGCUCUGCCUAUCAAGUUGUCAAAGAGCAUCGGGAACAUAUCUCCACUUGCACUAGUCUACCGUGUAGGAACCACAGUUCAGAUCAUCGACCCAUCCACGCUUCAGACCGCGGACAUUUCACCCAAAGAAUUUUGGCACGCGCCGUUCGGUAACUUAGCAGAUGUAAAGGAGCUGCAGCAGUUCAUCAUCUUAGAGAUUGAGCCACUUGGUACACAGAACGGUCACUUCAUGCUUGCGGAAGCUACAAUAUCACCCUCAAACGAUAUGAGCACUACCUACUACGUGCGCACGCACUUAGGUCACCUUCUUCAUGAAGGCGAUGAGGUUCUUGGCUAUCAUAUUACUGGUACGAAUUUCAACAAUCCACAGUUUGAAGAGCUUGAGUCAUCACGCCAAUACUCCAGUACAAUUCCGGACGUCAUUUUAGUCAAGAAAUUCUACAACAGAGGCAAGAAGAAGGGCGAGAAGCACCGUAACUGGCGACUCAAGCGUAUGAACAAGGAAGAAGGUGAACUAGCACCCAAGAAACAGGAUCAAGAACGCAUUGAGCGGGACUUCGAGAUGUUCCUAAGAGAUGUGGAGGAGGAUGAGAACCUGAGACAGGCUAUGAAUCUGUAUAAGAAUGAAAGGAAGAAGGGAGCUGAUGAGAUGGAUGUGGAGAGCUCGGUUGAUGGCAGCGAGGAUGGAGGCUUGAGAAUCCCGAUGGAACAGCUGUUGGAAGACAUGGAGGAGAUGGGUCUAGAUGAUAUGGAAGAAGAGGAAUAGGUUCGUCGAAUAGCAUUUGCGAUGAAUAUAGACUAGCGGCUCUUUUGGGCCUUUUUAAACACCCGUCGAGCCAGAAUCGUCUUCCCUAAUGACCAC